GCUCCUUAGUCCUUACUAACGACGUGCCCUUCAAAACAUUGCUUGCGAAAACAAUUGACGAUCACAGCUGUGAGUGAGCUUGUUCAUGGCAAGUGUUGAGCUAGCAAGGACUAGUUAGGCUUUGAUGCAGAGAAGAGAGUUCUCCCAAACACUUCAAUCAAAUAUGGCUUCAUCGAUGGUAGUGGUGGACACUGAGAAGGUGCCUUCAGAACACUACGAAAGGUCUCAGUGGGUGCUCAAUGCUCCUGAUCCCCCCACUACGUGCCACAACUUGAUGGCUUCUGUCACCAACACUAUCUCACCUUACCAAAAUAUCUUUUCUUCUCAAAGACUUGUACUUUCCUUCUUGCGGGGCAUUUUUCCUAUUCUUCGUUGGGGUCAAAGUUACACACAAACCAAAUUCAGGAACGAUUUACUUGCAGGUCUAACCAUUGCAAGUCUCUGCAUUCCUCAGAGCAUUGGGUAUGCCACUUUAGCAAAGCUUGAUCCUGAAUAUGGACUCUAUACGAGUGUGGUGCCACCUCUUAUAUAUGCUGUAAUGGGAAGUUCAAGAGAAAUAGCGAUUGGACCGGUGGCUGUGGUAUCGCUUCUUUUGUCAUCAAUGAUUGAGAAGUUAAUAGAUCCUGGCAUUGAUCCAAAUGGUUACAGAAAGCUUGUUUUCACUGCCACUUUCUUUGCUGGUGUAUUUCAAGCUGCUUUUGGACUCUUCAGGUUGGGGUUCAUUGUGGAUUUUCUGUCUCAUGCUGCUAUUGUUGGAUUCAUGGCGGGAGCAGCUAUAAUAAUUGGUCUUCAACAGCUGAAGGGACUAUUUGGGAUCAAUCAUUUUACCAACAAAACAGACAUAAUCUCUGUCAUCAAAUCCGUCUGGGAAUCGGUUCAUCAUCCAUGGAAUCCUCGCAAUUUUGUCCUGGGAUGUUCAUUCUUCAUUUUCAUCCUGUUUACCAGAUUUCUGGGUAAAAGGAAUAGGAAACUGUUCUGGUUGCCAGCAAUAUCCCCACUUGUAUCAGUUAUGAUAUCAACUCUUGUUGUUUUUCUGACACGAUCUGACAAAAGUGGAGUUAACAUAGUGAGACACAUCAAAGGAGGACUCAAUCCAAUCUCUAUCAAUCAGAUUGAGUUCAAUAGCCCCCAUAUUGGAGCAUUGGCCAAAAUUGGACCAGUUCUUGCUGCUGUUGCACUCACUGAAUCAGUUUCUGUUGGCCGAUCUUUUGCAUCCAUGAAAGGAUACCAUCUUGAUGGAAACAAGGAAAUGGUGUCAUUAGGCUUCAUGAACAUCAUAGGAUCCUUCACCUCUUGCUACGUUGCAACUGGUUCUUUCUCCCGCACGGUGGUUAAUUUCAGUGCGGGUUGUGAAACAUUAGCGUCAAACAUUGUGAUGGCCAUAGUGGUGAUGAUAUCACUACAAUGUUUGACGAAAUUACUGUACUUUACCCCAACUGCUAUUCUGGCUUCAAUAAUCCUUUCAGCACUCCCGGGACUCAUAGACAUCAAUGAAGCUUACAGAAUAUGGAAAGUUGAUAAGCUUGAUUUCCUUGCUUGCAUUGGAGCCUUCUUCGGGGUUCUCUUUGCGUCAGUGGAAAUUGGUCUGCUAGUGGCAGUGACAAUAUCUUUGACAAAGAUAAUUUGGAUCUCAAUUGGAGCAGGCACAGAAACUUUGGGAAGACUACCCGGCACAGAUGUGUUCUGCAAUGUACAACAGUAUCCUAUGGCUGUUAAGACUCCUGGAGUUGCAAUAAUACGCGUAAAGUCUGCAUUGCUUUGCUUUUCUAACGCCAAUUCAGUCAGAGAAAGGAUCCUGAAGUGGAUCACUAGGGAAGAGGCAGAGAGGAACACGGAAGGCAACAUCAGUAGCAUAAUUCAGCUCGUAAUCCUUGACACCUCCAAUUUGGUGAGCAUCGACACCUCAGGAAUUGCUUCUCUAGAGCAACUAAAUAAGAGUUUGGUCUCAAAUGGGAAACAGCUAGCAAUUGCCAAUCCAAGUUGGCAAGUGAUUUACAAGCUGAAGGCGACCAACUUUGUGACAAGAAUUGGAGGAAGGGUCUUCUUGACUAUUGGAGAAGCUAUUGACUGCAAGCUGGAUUUCUAAAUUGCUACUGAUUGAAACGUGUCUUUGUUUAAAAUCUUAGCUUUCGUGUCUGGUUUGAAUAAUGUUGUAAAAUUGUACUCGUAUAUGAUUAUGAUGCUUCUUUUGUGUGUUUGGAUUUCCUGCCCCGGAGUACAAUAUAGUGGGACAGAAGAAUAAUCAAUUCCUGUUUAGGCACACACUUAUGAAUUAUAUUGGUUUGUGCCUAUCCUAACAUGUAUAAAACAACUAUAUGAUUUGUGUGAAAGUUUAUGUCUCCAUCAGCGUA